GUGCGCUAUAAAAGAUCAUUUAUGAAUGAGUUGCAUUGGUUAGAAAAAGAUCCAUCAAUAAAGAUCGUUCAUCUCGCGUACGAAUAGUUUCGCUGCGAUGGCGUUUUUGAAAAUCGUUACAAAACUUCUGUAUUUUAUGAGCACAAUGUCGAUGUUUGCAAAGUCCAACCAAUCGUCCGGAAUAGAAAGAUGUGAGCGGAGUUUAUCAGAACCAUUGAAACAGCGGCUUUGUGAAUUGCGACAAUACAUCAUUAUCGAGGAAGCUGGUGAGGAAAAUCAUGUGUACUGCAUUUUUAGUGAAUUCGGUUAUCUCACGGAACAAGGCGACGUUAAGAUCGAGCGAAUCAUUAAAGAUUUUAGUUUAACUCAUUAUCUCAACAAACAAGUCAAUUCGUCUAUUGAAAAGUGCAAUGCUAGUACGCAAAAAGCGAAGGAUAAGAAAGCAUUUGUCUUUUUCGAGUGCAUGGUGUACAGCGAUAGCUUCGAGCAGUGGAGAGACGUAAUCGAUUUCAGAGAAAUUUACGGUAACAAUGAUCCCGGAACUGCCUACAACCCUGAAACUGUUGCCAAAGAGGUCAGGAAAAUCGAUGGCAAUUUGUGCCCUACUAGCCGGUGCAGGGAUGAAGAUGAGGAAGACAUUGAAGAACAGACGAAUGUUUCUUUUUCUCCGGAUGAUGCGUUAUUUAUAUAUACAAGAUGCUUUGAUUUGCAUGUCGGCGAUGGUAACACUGCACGGGAACAAGCUGCAACCGUAUGGAUGAUUUUUGAGGGAAUCAGCAAUGAGGCAAAGUGCUUUACAAAAUGUGUUCUUGAAAAUUUAAAGAUAUAUUCACCAGCUGGAGGGUUCAAGUCGAACACCUUCUCUGCUCAAUUUGACGAUUAUGGUGAUUAUUUAGAUAUUAAUGAAGAGCAGUAUAACAUUUUUCUAAGUAAUUUGGAAAGAAAAUCAGCAGCAGAAGAUUCUUGUGAAAAAGUUCACAUUAGUUUCAUCGAUAUCUACAGAAGCUACGGUGAAAUUAUACAAAAGUUACUUCAUCACCCCAAUCAAACCAAGAGCAUAUUUAAUCGGAACCUUCCGCAUAUCAAACUACCCCACGAAACAUACCCGGCAUUUUGUGAAAGAAACUACCAAGAUGUCCUUCAUGGUAAACUAUGCGAAGUACGCAAAUUUUUACAUGACGACCAACACAAGGACAGUUUAAAGGAACUGAUCAGUUGCAUUUUCAAGGGUUUUCGCUAUUUGUCAGCUAGUAACGAUGUCAAGGCUUCGGAAGUACGCCGUGACUUCGCCCUAAUCGGGAAACUAAAUCGCCAAAGCAGCAAAGAUAUCCACGUGUGCACCGUUAAGGCUCAACAGACGUGCGCAGACGAGAGAGCUUACUAUCUGUACGGUUGUUUGUUGAACAGUACAUCUUCAACCGACUUUAAAGAAGCUUUCGAAAACAAAGAAAUUAUUUCCGGUAACUACGAUAGGGUCAUCAAUGGAGUGUCUUAUAACAGAGAGCAAGUUCAGGCUGAAAUUAGGCAAAUUGAUAGCAAAAUCUGCACCGGAGCAACAAAGUAACACUUUACUAAGUUAAUAAAGACAAUACUUAGGGUCCAAUUUUAGCAGUCCAUCCAAUUGAAUUAUCAACAUAAACUGUUAGUUGAGUUGUUAACGAAAGUAUCAAAUUUUAUCUUUCAAACUACAUAUAAAUGACCAGAUUCUAUUCAAUAACACCUUAAAAUUAACAUUUUGAUGUUGUGAUUCUAUUUUUACAGAAGGUACCACAAUAAACAUAGCCGGAUUUAGGAACGUAUUUUGACAUUUUUUC